CGGCCCAAGCCGAGAGCGGGUCCCUCCCCCCACCACCGCAGCCUGGGGGACGCAGCAGCAGGUGCAGUGGCCAUGGCUCCUGCAGGAGGCCCCCGGGUGUGGCUGCUCAGUGCCCUGGCUGCAGCCUUGAUUCUGGGAGCUGCAGAGCUUGUUCUUGCAACCGAGGAAGUCUCCUGCGACAACCCCUCGGACCCGGGGCCGCCCGGGAGCGACCGGGACCUGGGAGCCGGGCCGCAGGAGGACGCCGGCUCUGACCGCAGCGGCAGCAGCAGCCGCAUCGUGAACGGGUCGGACUGCGAGAGGGACACGCAGCCGUGGCAGGGCGCGCUGCUGCUGGGGCCCGGGCAGCUGUACUGCGGGGCGGUGCUGGUGGCCCCGCAGUGGCUGCUCACGGCCGCCCACUGCAGGAAGCCCGUUUUCCGGGUCCGCCUGGGCCACCACUCCAUGUCACCCGUCUACGAAUCCGGGCAGCAGAUGUUCAAGGGAGUCAAGUCCAUCCCCCACCCCGGCUACUCCCACCCCGGUCACUCCAACGACCUCAUGCUCAUCAAAUUGAACCGCAAAGUCCGUGAGAGCCGCACGGUCAGGGCCAUCAACAUCUCCUCCUGCUGCCCCUCUGCUGGGACCCGCUGCACGGUGUCGGGCUGGGGGACCACCAACAACUCCCAGCAUGCCUUCCCCAAGGUCCUCCAGUGCUUGAAUAUCACCGUGCUGAGCGAGGAGCGGUGCAAGGAGGCCUACCCGGGGCAGAUAGACCACAGCAUGUUCUGCGCCGGCGACGAGGAGGGCAGGGACUCCUGUCAGGGCGACUCUGGGGGCCCCGUGGUGUGCGACGGCUUCCUGCAGGGCCUCGUGUCCUGGGGAGACUACCCCUGCGCCCAGCCCAACCGCCCGGGCGUCUACACCAACCUCUGUAAUUUCACCAAGUGGAUCCAAGACACCAUACGGUCCAACUAACUCACCAGC